GGAGGCUGUGCUAACAGGGGAACACAGACAAGAGUGGGAAGAGGCCGAAAAAAUAGCUAAUAUUAUCCGGGAAUGCAGACUUCAACGCGUUUUUAAUAAAAGCCACACAACAGAAAAGUUGUUUUUGGGUGUUGCUGAUGCUGCGUUUCUAUUCGGGUCUUGCAUAUCAGUGUUCGGAUACCAAAACCAGCGAAACCCGUCGAUAAUUUUUUGCGCUUUUACCUAUGCUUCUGGGUGGGAAAUGAGCCGAUAUUGCUAAGCCAUCACCGGUAUAUUGCUGACACCAUCAUCCACGCUGACUCUCCCUUUCAGUUUCUGCUCAGCAUCCAUAUUUGCAUCCCAGGGAGUGGCUGCCACUAAUCCCCCUCUCCUGGUGAGAAAAUUGAAAGUUGGCCGGCUGUCGGACACCCCCUUUGGACACUGUAAUUUCCACAUAAAGAGCUAACCAUGGAGAGCGACAGCCCCCAGUCCCUCAUCUAGUGCCCGCUGUACCGCCUUCCUCCCUGGGGAGCCGCUCUCAGGUCCUCCCUCUCCUGCAGAAUGAACAUGUUGAAGUCCAGCGGGCUGAAGAUCCCUGGCCGGGGGCCCAAACACUCCAGCCCCUCACCGGGGGGGCCAGGAAGAACCUCCAGCCCCGUGCCGCCGAAAGACAAUACUCCCCUGAAGCCCACCACACCCACUAAAAUCACCGAAGAGGGCGAUGAAGUCCUGGGGGACUACACGGUGGGAGAGACGGUGUGGGUGAACGGAGUGAAGCUGGGAGUCAUCGCCUACCUCGGGGAGACCCAGUUCGCCCCGGGACAGUGGGCCGGCGUGAUCCUCAACGACCUGGUGGGCAAGAACGACGGGUCGGUGGGCGGCGUGCGGUACUUCGAGUGCCAGGCUCUGCAGGGCAUCUUCACCAGACCCUCCAAACUGAACCGGCAGCAGGCGGGCGAUGGCAGCGACAGCCACUCCAUCGACUCCCAGAACCAGGGGGGCAACGGCGUGCCCCCCCCCAGCCAGAGGGUGGUGGUGAUGCCCCUGAGGGAGGGGCUGCUCAACAGCACUAUAAGGACGGGGAACGAGUCGGGGUCCAACAUGUCCGACAGCGGCUCUGUGAAGAAAGGAGGCGAUAAAGAUCUGAGGGUCGGAGAUCGAGUUCUGGUGGGGGGCUCUAAGAUGGGAGUCAUUCGCUACAUGGGGGAGACAGACUUUGCCAAGGGGGAGUGGUGCGGGGUGGAGCUGGACGAGCCUCUGGGGAAGAACGACGGGGCAGUGGCUGGCACAAGAUACUUCCAGUGUUUCCACAAGUUCGGCCUGUUCGCUCCGAUCCACAAAGUGAUCCGGAUCGGUUUCCCCUCCACCUCUCCAGCGAAGGCUAAGAAGAGCAAGCGGAUGGCGAUGGGCGUCUCCUCUCUGGCCCACAGCCCCAGCAGCUCCUCCAUCAGCUCCGUCAGCUCCGUGGCCUCGUCUGUGGGCGGACGGCCCAGUCGCACCGGCCUGCUGACGGAGACGUCGUCCCGUUACGCCCGUAAGAUCUCGGGCACCACGGCGCUGCAGGAGGCUCUGAAGGAGAAGCAGCAGCACAUCGAGCAGCUGCUGGCGGAGAGAGACUCUGAGCGGGCGGAGAUGGCCAAAGCCACCACCCACAUCCAAGAGGUGGAGAAGGAGCUGAGCAGCUUCAAGGUGCAGCAUGUCACGUUUGUGUCGGAGAACGAUAGCGCCCUGCAGCAAAUCAAAACUCUGCUGACCUGCACGCAGAAAGACAAACUGGAACUGACCAAUCAGCUCGAAGAAGAGAAAAGGAAAGUGGAGGACCUCCAGUUCAGAGUAGAGGAGGAAUGCAUCACCAAAGGAGACCUGGAGACUCAGAGGAAAAUGGAGCGUGCCCACAUUCGUCAGCUUGAGCAGAGUCUGCUCCUCGAAAAGUCGAGAGCAGAGGGGCUUCACAAAGACGUAGAGAAGAGGAGGGGGAGAGGCUCUCAUGAUGCAGCAUCCUUGAGGUUGGGUAAGAGAACCAAGCAAACCACGGUUGAGGAGCAGAGUCGCAUCGUGCAGCUGGAGGAGGAGCUGAGCCUCCGGAGGGCGGAGAUGGAGAACCUGCAGGUGAAGCUCCGAGGGUCCGACUCCCAGCAGGAGGACGGUGACGAGGCCCCGGGGUCCGAGCCCGAGACCCUCGUCCUGCGAGUACAGCUGGCCUCUGCGGGCCGCGAGCACAACAAGGAGAGCAGCGAGCUGAGGGAGAAGCACGAGGCGGAGCUAGAGGAGAGGCGGCAGGAGGUCGCUGAGCUGAGGGCCGAGCUGGAGACAAAGAGCCGGGAGCUGAGCGAGGUGAAGCUGAAGGUCCAGGACGCAAACAGGGAGAACGUGGAGAUGAUGGACACCUGGAAGGAUAAAUUUGACUCCUUGGUGGUCCAGCACCAGCGCUCCCUGGAGGACCUGAAGGCCUCUCUGUCCGGGGAUCACCCCGCGGCAGGAGGCGCCGAGCAGGCCUCUCUGGAGAGCCUGAAGACGGAGCACCAGCUGGAGGUGGAGAACCUGAAGGCCAAACACAAGAUCGAAGCAGCCAUCCUCACCAAGGAGCGCGAAGACUUCUGCACCCGCCUGACGGAGGCCAAAGAGCAGCUGGACAAGGGGAGCCAGAGCUGGAGGAGCGAGGCGGAGGCCAAGAGCAGCAGGAAGGCCCUGGAGGAGGCCGGAGAGAAGCUGCAGAGGGCGGAGCGACGGCUGGCCGAGGUGGAGAAGAUCCACAUGGAGAAGGACAGGAACUCAGAGGAGCUGAGAGAGAGGCUGGAGCUGUCGGAGAAGAAGACGAGCGACUACCAGGCGCUGCAGAACGCGCAGGCCGAGAGCCAGCAGGAGAUCCAGAAGCUGGAGGAGCAGCUGAGGGUGACGGCCAAUCAGCUGCAGGCAACGCAGGCCGACCGCUACACCUCCAACCAUGCUAACGUGAUCGAAGACAACGACAUUACAGAAGAGAAGAUGAAGCUAAAACAGAAUGUCGAAGAAACAAUGGAGAAGUUGAUGAAACGGGAGAAAGAGGUGACGACUCUCACUUCCCAGGUGGAAGGUCUCAAAUCCCAGCUCGGAGCUCUGGAGGGGAAGGUGCGCUCCGGAGAGAAGAAAGCCGAGGCUCUGGCGAGGGAGAAGGUGCGCGUGGAGUCGGAGCUGGAGUCCAUGACCAAGAAGUCCCAUGAUGCAUCUGGGCAGCUGGUCAAUAUCAGCCAGGAGCUGCUGAAGAAAGAGAGGAGUCUGAAUGAACUGCGGGUGUUACUCCUGGAGUCUCAUCGCCACUCGCGGGACAUGGAGAAAGAUCUGACCCGGGAAGUGCACAAGGCCGAGUGGAAGGUGAAGGAGCAGAAACUUCAGGAGGACAUCAAGACCCUGCGCGAGAAACUGCUUCUGCUGGGUCGGGAGCGGUCCUCCCCGGACCACCGGCGGCACUCCAUGCUGGACCCCUCGAUGCUGGACUCGGAGAUGAGCCGGCUCCGGCAGCGGCUGCUCGGCACAGAGGACGCCCUGCGGGGGGCCAUGGAGCACAACCAGCAGGUGGACCAGCUGGUGCUGGCCAUGCGCAGACACCCCGAGAAAAGCCCGGUGCAUGGUGUAAACUCAGCCAAUGGGAUUCAUCAUCAGGAGUCCGGCAGUACUCGAGAUGAGCAACACUGAUAUGAGCAGAAGAGAUCAGACUGAACUGGGACAUCUUAAAGAAAAAGCUGGUCCGACGUUUCCUCCUGACCCUUCGAUGGACGCCUGAAGAAGAUUUCAGUUUACACUCCAAACCAAAACAGCGAAUCUCCAUCUCCAGUGAUUUUAUGUGUUGUUGCAGAAAGCACCUAUUAGCCAAUCAUGACGACCGCUUAAAGUACUAUAAAAUAUAAACAGGUAAUGGGACAUGAAGAGAUAUUAUCGGUACAAACUCUGUGACAAUUCCUAAUUUUGAACCGGAAGGCAAAACGGCUGAUGGACAACGACGUGAAGAACUGAAGAUCUCAGUCCCUCUGUUUGUUUUAUUUAUUGCUUUGACUUUGAUUGAAUCCUGUAUGAGUAAGCUGUGUUGGCCAGUGGUACUCAGAGCAAUGGCUGACUUUUAUUUUAGGGAGUUUGGCUCAUGUGUCACUUUACUUCAUAUCUAAUGAGAAGUGUUAGAAACCUCAUUACGGUCAGCUCUGUCCAGUGUUCACGCUGCCGCUUUAGUGUACAAUAUGAUCAAUAACUGUGGAAUUAAAAAGGAUUGUUCAAGUAAUACUCCACCCCAAAAUCUGUCUUUUAUUGAUAAAACACAAACACUGUUCAACCCUUCUUCGAUUGUAAUCAGGGCACAUUUAUUUAUAAUGGAUAUCAAUGUCGGACAGUUUUUUGUUUGGAUUUUUCUUUUUUAAACAGUCCCCGACACCUUAUAUCCCACUUCCUGAAACAUAAUCCACUUCUCCUUCACUCACCAGGGUACAGCAAAUACUCUGCUUCUGUUUCAGUCAUCACAAACCAUUUGAUACUGAAAAUGUGUCUUUUAAAGCAUUUUCAGUCAGACAACUCAC